AUGCCACCCACGCCUGCCCAGGCCCUGCUGGAGGCUCCUGCCCGAGCAAGAGGGUGCAGCCCCAGGCAAGGGACGCUGGCCGGCCGACGGGGAAUAAAUGUUCACCCCGGUCCUCUCGCUCCUUUUUCGGUUCCGCAGUACAUCGCCGUCCACAUCGUGGCGGACCAGCUGAUGUCCUUCGGGGGCUCCUCCGACCCUUGUGCCCUUUGCAGCCUCCAUAGCAUCGGCAAGAUCGGCGGGCAGCAGAACAAGGCCUACACGAAGCUGCUGUGCGACCAGCUGACCAAGCACCUGCACAUACCUGCGGACAGGGUCUACAUCAACUACUACGACAUGAACGCUGCGAACGUGGGCUGGAACGGGUCCACUUUUGCCUAGCCAGCAACCUUGCAAAGGGGAGGGACUGCCCGACCCCUGGGCUGCCCGAGGAUGAUGCCACCCCCACCCCCAGCAACCCCAUCCUCCUCUUCUGUCACCCCUGGGCUCCUUCCUUCAUCGCAGGCGCUGCCGCCCACCUUCCUUGGAAAACAA